AGAGUCAAGAAGGACGUGGACCACGGCACCCAGCACUCAGACAUGUUCCUGCUGAAGCCCGAGGACGGGAGAGAAGGAAAGUGGACGUGGGCCCGCAUUCACCCCUCCGGAGUCAAGCCCAGCCCGAGGUCUGGCUUCUCAGUGGCUGUGGCCCCAAAUCAGCAGACGCUGCUCUUCGGGGGGGUGUGUGACGAGGAAGAGGAGGAGCGCCUGGAGGGCGACUUCUUCAAUGACCUGCACUUCUACGACGCCACCAGGAACCGCUGGUUUGCGGGGCAGCUGAAGGGCCCCAAAUCAGAGAAGAGGAAACGGAGGCGGGGCAAGAAGGAGGACCUGGCAGGGGCCUGUGAGCCGGAGAGCCGGGGAGCCAGUGCCCCGCAGCCCCUGGAGGUGGUCAGCGAGGUGGUGACCGAGGAUGGGACCGUGGUCACCAUCAAGCAGAUGGUCGCAGCCCCGGGCCCGGUGGGACAGCCCCAGGAGGAGGACGAAGAUCGGGACGGGGCUGAGGCGGCCGGCGGGCCUGAGGUCGGGCCCAGCCCACGCUCCCACGCCAUGCUGGCUGUGAAGCAUGGGCUGCUGUACCUCUACGGGGGCAUGUUUGAGGCUGGUGACCGCCAGAUCACCCUCGGGGACCUGUACUGCCUGGACCUGCACAGGAUGGAGGAGUGGAAGGUCCUGGUGGACGUGGACCCGGAAACUCAGGAGUGGCUGGAGGAGACGGACUCGGACGAGGACAGUGAGGAAGCCGAGAGUGCAGAUGGUUCGGACGAGGACGAGAACAGUGGAGAGGAAGAGGAGGAGGAAGAGCCCCCGCACUCAGAGGUGGCGACAGAGAGAAGACGCGGACAGCACGCGGCGCAACGCCCGGCGGAAGGGAGAUCGCCGGCUCCCUGCGGCGCCAGGUGAAGGCCGCCGGGCCAUGGCCCUCACCGCACAGGGCCUGUGCUGCACGCCUGGGCCGUGGCGGAAGCUGAGGAUGCAGUUAAAGGCCCCACGUGACACUGACUGAGGUGCGGCUGAGUCCCCUGGGCGUCCCGGUGUCAUCGAGGUAAAGCUGGACCUGAGGGAGCGGCACGGCUCAUCGUCCGUGCCCGGCCUGGCACAGCCAGUGUUUCUGCUCUAAUAAAAGCGGCUGAGCUGCG